AUGGGCGACCUUUUCAUUCAAGUGAUUUCGGGUAAUCCGCGACAAAAGCACAGCCAAAAUUGUACCACCUCACCAGAGUUUACCAUCCUAUGCGCACAGGCACCAAAUGCGGAGGACCGCAUCGCCCUACUUUUGAAACGCCUCCCAACUUCAACCGAGGCAAGCUCAGCCCAAACAAUGAGUUACCUCCUGCAAACGUGCGUUUCGGCUUGUUUGCCCCCAGAUGAGGCUGACGGUGUGGUUGAAACUUUGGCGGAGUUUGCAAAGGAACACCCAACAUGGGUUGAAGCCAUUCAGUGGAUCUGCGCCCUUGUGCAUUAUUACUGCACAGACGAAAUCACCGUUUCACUUUUUUCUGAGUUCGAUGUGCCAUCUAUAGCCGUGCGGGCGUUAAGAGAGAAUCCACAAAAAUACAAGCUUGUUCUGGCUGCAUGCGCUUUGGUGUCUCACUUCAAUUUGUACCCCAUCGGCGAUGGUAUCACUCAACUUGCUCGGGUGCUCCAGAUUCAUACCACGGAUCCACUGGUCUGUAAAAUGGCUUGCCGCGCCCUCGCUGAGUUCACAUCUUACGUGGCAGAGGUACCAGACCGCUUCGCUACCGCUAACAAAGAGUUUCUUGAAGCAAAUGGUGUGGAGGUUCUCGAGUGUGUUUUGCGAGAACAAAUCGGUGAUGAGGAGACCACAAGGUAUGUUGCUCGAAUCGCCGCAAAUGUGACGAGUUCUGGUGUUCCCAGUUACCUAGAACCCGACUCAAAAGUAAUUUCAUACCUUGCAGAGGCACUGGGACGCUACUCGGAUUCUGAUUUGUUGUGCAGUCACGCUUUACACGUUUUUAGUAACUUCCCAACCUCGCCGUACAUUGACUGGAAUGUUAUAACGACAGUAGUCAAAACUACGGAAUCCGAGGCAACGACAUUGGAAGCGGUUCAUUUCCUCUGCAGCGUCGCAAUUAAUGUGAAGGCACAAAAGCAACAGAUUCAUGCAACAGGUUGUGUGCAGCGCGUACUGGAUAUAUUGCGCAAGUACCCUCACAAUGCAGCCAUUCAAGAAAAUGCAUGCAGCCUGCUUUCAUACCUCUCCUUUGACUCUGAAACGAUAACGUCAAAGAUAACAGAGGCCAAUGGGAUUCUCUUGGUACUUGAGGCAAUGAAAAACUUUCCCAAUAAUGAAGAUUUGCUUGUUUCUGCAUGCGCAGCACUCAGUGGUCUGACUUUCAACAAUCUACAGGGACAGCAGGUUAUUAUUGAUGAGAAAGGCGUGGCACAAAUUUUGGAUGCCAUGCGGCGCGGAAAAAGUGCACGAUUACAAGAGAAUGGAUGCUUGGCCAUUGGUACCAUGUGCUGGAACAGUGAUUUGAAGACUGACGUUGUGCGGCUAGGCGGUGUGGAAAUGAUUAUGAAUGCCUUGAGAGAGCAUUACACAAGUCCAGGGCUCGUGAAAAAUGCGUGUCGCGCUUUGGCACAAGUUGCCUUCAACUGUGAUGCGUACCGAGAGGAGAUGAGUGCAAGCGGGGUGAUUCCACUUAUAAUAAAAGGUAUGGCACAGCACCCUAACUAUGACCGAGUGCAAAUGCACGGCUGUGUGGCACUUUCGUAUCUCUCGUGGAACAAUGAGGCGAAUUCCGCGCAAAUUACUUCGAACAAUGGUUACAGUGUUAUUGUUGACGCUAUGCGUAACCACGUACACAACUACGAGGUACAGGAACAUGCAUCACGCGCGCUUGCAAACAUCGGUACAGUCCCUUCAGAGGAACUUACUCCAGCGCUGGAACAAAUCGUUGCCGCUAUGCGACGACAUGAUCAAGUAAGUGAGGUCCAGGAAGAGGCGUGCCGUGCCAUCGUCACGCUUUCAUUGGUUUCACCUACAUACAAGGACAAAUUAUAUGAGCUUAAUUGCGUGGAGUGCGUUGUGGCGGCAAUGCGGAAUUUUCGUAGUAAUCAAGUGGUUCAGCAAGAGGCAUGUAACGCCUUGGCACACCUCGCAUACGAGCACGCAAAGCUCAACAAGGCUGUGACUGAGCUUAAGGGUGUGGAAGCCCUCCUCCUAGCCAUGAAAACCUAUGUGAACGCCCCGAAGGUACAGUUAAACGCAUGUGGUGGUCUCAGUGCAUUGGCGUUUGACAACACUGUGGCGCAACAACAAAUUUAUGACCUUGGUGGCGUUGCAUGCGUUAUCCGUGCCAUGGAAAACUUUGAGCGGCUACGUAUGCUGGAGUUGGGCUGUUCUGUUCUCGGCACGUUGGCGUGGAAUGCAGAGAUAAAAGAGAAGGUUGCUGUUGUGGCCAUACCAGAAAUCCUGAAGGCUAUGCGUGUACACCACAACAGUCCGCUCCUACAGAAGUCUACAUGUCGUGCCAUAUCUCAAUUUGCAUUUAAUUCUGAGAACAACCGCCAGUUGCUCUCAGAAUCAGGUGCCAUACCACUAAUUGUUAAUGCCAUGCGCACACACAUUACCACCGACAAGCUCCUUGUGCAUGGAAUAAAGGCUCUCACGUACCUCUGCUGGGAAAACGCACAAGCUGCUGAAGCAAUUAUCAAUGAAGGCAUUGAAGACGUUCUCCAAGUAAUUGCCAAUACCUAUUCGCCAGCCCAACGUGUAUAUGGUGAGGCUGUUCAUCUUUCCAAAAUCCUAUUUCGUAAAAUAUCAGGCAGCCCUCAGGCACGGAUGUUUUCACCGCCAGUGUCUUCACCUGUGCCCAUGUCGCAAACACCCGGGCCUGGAGGCGUCACCCGUACCGAUAACGCGAUGCUGCUAAGCCCGCCCAUGCAGGGUGACAGGGAUGUGCCACACUACUACGCCGUCCCGCAAGAGUUCAGUCAACAUGAAGGGCGUCAGCAGCGAAAUCAACGGGGCGGUCAAGAACACCAAGAGAGAGAAGACAGUAAACACAAGAACGACGGAGCAAGCCGACGACGGCGCAAUCGGCGUCGUGGAGGCAAUACUGGCUAUGAACGACGCCCUAACCAGUUUGAAUCCCAGGGUGAGGGACAAGGCGGGGUGGCACACCAUGUGGAUCCAUACAUCAACCGGACACAACGACGCGAAAAUGAUUCAUCUCGCCCGCUAUCCGCAGAGGACUUGUGGGAUGACCCGGACCCAAGUACGUGCCAUGGGAAUCGCCAACUCGGCCAACUUAAUUGGCAGCAGGCGGAGCUUACAAGACAACAUAACGAAAGGCAGCGGCAACCCUGUGAAUCACCAGGACGUGGGGGUGGACGUGGCGGUAAGAGGCGCGUCAAUCCACGCAAUAAUAGCCGUGGAAGAGGGCGCGGCGGUGAACAGGACAGACCUCGGUGA